AUGUCUUUGCAGUCGGAUAGUGGCUACAGCCGCUAUCAAAGACCAAAGGAGGCAUCGUGCCCUCCCGAUUCGGCGGAGCUUGUGUCUCAACACGUGCUCGAAGUCCGCGCACGAGUCAUCUACUACGUUAUGACCAGAAAGCGUGAUCCUAUCAUUCGUCUCGCAGACAUUGACGAGCGCUUUACCCAAACUGACCCCUGCGCAGGCCACAGCAGCGAUCAAAAUCUGUGGUUAGUCGAGGAAGCUGCCUACGCCAUUGACAACAGCGCGAUUGUCAACGACUUUAGCGAAAGUGUGCCGUCGCGGGAGGAGAGUCCGACUAUUCCAGAAGCAGUAGUUCACUACGGCUACAACUACAAACCCCUCUUCCUUUCCGCCUCUCUGUGCUCGAUUAGUCUCUGUGCUAUGCUCGAUCAGCCCUCAACAACCUGUCCUUCUUCCCCGCCUCUUCUUCUUGCUUCCGAAUCGUCGCCCCAAAAAGCAACUGUGGCGUUCAUUACCAUCUCCUUCCAGAGCCGCCGCGUCCUUGUCGGUAAGCCCAAGAGCCUUGCCGACCUUUUGCGCACAGCCAAGGAGAUCUUUGAGCCCAUCAGCGACGACGUCCAUCUGUCGAUCGAAUUCACCGACUCAACAGGCAACAAAGCCAUGGUUGAGCUCCAUGAGUCGAGUUACUCGAUCCUCAAGGAUGGUGACGCUACCUUCUUGAUUGCCACCAGCAAGAAAGACAACGAGCACCUCGACGCCGCCCUCGCUCUCCUUUCAUUACAAGACAAGGGGGAGGCCAAGGUCGCCGCAAAGAGGGUAGAGUCCCUGAACAAGGCCCUGAAGUCGAUAGACAACGCCCGUUCGAAAGUAGAUGAAGCUCGUCGCGUUGUUGUCGCUCGGAUUGAGAAAAGGGCCGCUGAACUCGGCCUGGUACUUCCGGAGGAGAAGCAGGAGGAGAACUAA